AUGGGGGAGGGUCAGCGACCCGCUGGUGCCGGGGUCUUAAAAAAUUCAUCCGAGGGCUCUUCUCCUCCACUUACUAAUGGCCCUCGCAUCAUUGUUUACCGUCUCUCUUGUGUUUGGUCUCCACCUCCCGGCCUCCACCUCCCGGCCUCCACCUCCCGGCCUCCACCUCCCGGCCUCCACCUCCCGGCCUCCACCGCCCGGCCUCCACCGCCCGGCCUCCCUAAGCUCCUUCCUCCAGUAAUUAUCUCCACUGUUGCUUGGCUCCGUCUUGAGCCAUUCUUGCGAGCUCUCAGAGUUCUCUCUCAUGGUUACUCUCUCGCCACUCCUGGCAUCCUGGCAUCGUCUCUCACGCCUACCCACCUCCUGUGCCCACCUCCUGUGCCCUCCUCCUGUGCCCACCUCCUGUGCCCACCUCCUGUGCCCUCCUCCUGUGCCCACCUCCUGUGCCCUCCUCCUGUGCCCUCCUCCUGUGCCCACCUCCUGUGCCCACCUCCUGUGCCCACCUCCUGUGCCCACCUCCUGUGCCCACCUCCUGUGCCCUCCUCCUGUGCCCACCUCCUGUGCCCUCCUCCUGUGCCCUCCUCCUGUGCCUACCUCCUGUGCCCACCUCCUGUGCCCACCUCCUGUGCCCUCCUCCUGUGCCCACCUACAUCCUGGCGCACCCUCGUCUCCUUGAUCCUUCCAGGAAGAGAGCAGAGAGCAGCAUUUAUGCACCCAAACGUCCACACAACUCUUGCAAUUAUUGAGACUACCAGUGGUGGGGAAUCUUCCCUACUCUCGGUGAAUGAGACUACCAGUGGUGGGGAAUCUUCCCCACCCUCAGUGAAUGAGACUACCAGUGGUGGUGAAUCUUCCCCACUCUCGGUGAAUGAGACUACCAGUGGUGGGGAAUCUUCCCCACUCUCGGUGAAUGAGACUACCAGUGGUGGGGAAUCUUCCCCACCCUCGGUGAAUGAGACUACCAGUGGUGGGGAAUCUUCCCCACCCUCGGUGAAUGAGACUACCAGUGGUGGGGAAUCUUCCCCACCCUCGGUGAAUGAGACUACCAGUGGUGGGGAAUCUUCCCCACUCUCCGUGAAUGAGACUACCAGUGGUGGUGAAUCUUCCCCACCCUCGGUGAAUGAGACUACCAGUGGUGGGGAAUCUUCCCACCCUCGGUGA